AUGGCGCCGAGCACUCGUUCCCGUAAAAAGGCAACGUCGGCGACGCCUCUGGCGUCGACGGCGGAACCACCCGUACCUGAGGUAGCCGUACCUGGAAGUCUUCCUCCCGAGGAGGACGACCCCGGUAACCAUCAGGUGGAGUCGAACGACUCCGAAAGCGUCGGUAGCGAUGCCAAUUCGGCGGGCUACCAGUCGGCAGCACAAGAGCAGGCUGAACAAGAUGCCCUGCUCGCCGAGGUCGAUGCGCGCACCUUCCCCAGGCCGUCACCGCCAUCGGUAACGGCCAGCUCGUACUCAGGAACGUCGAGCGCGGCAGUAAACCGCGCCCUGCGCUCCGAAAGGUCCGAUCAGGCCACACCUGUAGCGAGCAAAGUAGUUAGCCGUCCGAAUGUUAGUCCGAUGUUAUCCGAGAACGGAAGCAACGAAGAUAGUGCGCACCGAUCUGUUGAACAGAUCGUACGUGUGCAGUUAAUGGAGAAAGCUAUGGCGCUCAUGCAGUUAGCAAACGCAGGAGAUUUCGUUGCCCCGCAGGGAAACUUCGACUUCCUUACCUGGGCCGAACAGGCCAUUGAUAGCAACGAUCUCACGCGCGAGAUCAACGUACCGAAGUACGUAAAGGCUGUUAAAACGGAGCCGAAGACCCCGGUCAUUCCAGAAGCGCGUGAUGAACACGCAUAUGAACAGCCUAAUGCAGAAGCGUUAGAAUUGCAAGGGGAAGUGCGCGAAGCGAUCUUCGCGCCGCGCGAAGACGACGAACCAGAAUCGGCGUAUCAUCAUCGCCUUCAGAUCCAGGCAGACGUUUUGGACAAUGAAGGAGGCAUCUUUAGCAAAGGAGCCAACGCACUACGGGCAGAAGUCAAAGGAAAGGCCAAGGCGGGAUCAUCGAAAGAGGAUCCCGAGUUUGGCCACAAGUUAGCCGAGCACUUUAACAUGCUGAAGCGUGACGAGGAACAAGGACGCAUGGCGCCCCAGCAGUUCACGACACCGCCCAAGCGCGCAACGGGUAUUGUGAUUAACGAACCCCAGGCGCCCAGCAAGCCGGCUAAACAUACCUUCGAUAUGCAGACGCCAACACGAGUUCCAGAGGGCAGGCCGCUUAACUCCGGCCUGGGUGCAUCGAGUACGCCUCAGAAAGGCAUGAACCGCGACUAUCGCGCGAAGGACUUUGAUGAGUAUUAUCACAUACUCUAG